CUAUAUUUGAACGCGUAUUAUUUGACCUGAUGUACCGCGCCGCAGUGCUCAUUAGGAAUAUCCGAGAACGUUACGUGAUUUAUAAGUUUGCCAUUCCAGAUAAGGAACAGGAUAAUCGAGGGGGAAAUUUCAGUUCGUCGUUGUGCAAUGAAUUUCACAGCCCGGCUUGUGUGUCUACACAGCUACUACACAAGCUGUCCCAUCUCAUGCUGAAGACCGUGCGAUGCACACCCGUGGCACAAAUAUGUCGGGGAUUGGUUGCAGUUUAUCACGUUUGCUGGCAGCCUCUCCGCGUGCCUGGACACUCGAUAGUGCCUGGACGAGUGGCGGUAGCGGUGUCGCGACUAAAAAUUACCGGAGUUCAUUGGCACGAUGUUGCAGAAGCAACAUAAUCACACCGGUUGAUGGCUUUUGGAGUGAAAAUUCGAAGUCUUGUGGGAGAGCUAACACGCAGGUUCAUACGCACGCAUAUGAUACCGACCCUUCAUCUUCAUAUGCAAAGGGGAACAACACUGCAGCUGUUAUGUCAGCACCCUAGUGAGCACUUUGUACACAUUCGACAUGAUUAAAAGACAUUACGGAAAGUGUAUCAUGUGAUUCGAUUUGCAUAUUAGUAGCUUUGUUUACACCAAAAUGUAUGUCUAAAGUGAGAUUUUACCUGGAUUGGUUCCGAUGAGUGACUGAUCCAGUUGCCACUUUGGAGUCCUUGGGUCUAGCGUUUGGAAGAAGACCCACAUGCAGACGGCAACCAGGGCAGCCAGCACACAGUAGAAGACCAUAUAAAAGGUGCCGAUUUUGGCUGAAAUAGAGAAAAACAAAACAAAGGAGUUGGAUUAAGCAAAGGAUACAAGUUAGCAGAAGCGUUCAGAAUGUCGCACCAUCAUCUGUGUUUCGCGUAAUUCAGAAUUUGUGUUUUCCCAAUUAGUCGACGUAUGGAAUCCACUCGUCGUUAUUUCACACCCUUGGGUGCAAUGAGAGACCUUUUCCUUGAUAUCGGUUAGAUGCUGUGGAGUACCCGUGUGCACAUGACCUGACAUCAUUAUCGAUAAUCUAAACGUGCCGGAAUGAUUGAGUACUUAAUGCUACCGUCAUACCUACCAUCCCGCUGAUGGUUUCGUGCUUUCGAGUGUCAAUCGAGGCCUUCGUGGUAUCGUCACGUUCGAAUGAGAGAAGGUAAUUUGUUGUUUUACGCCAAUUGACAUUACGACUGGCACAUGCCUAUCGAUGGGAAUAGCGGUCGCGAAUGUUUGUUCUUAGAUAAACAAUGUUUCUUUUUCAUCACCAGUGGAUGAUAAUUGAAUUCAAGCGGGAUUGCUUAAUUCUAACGAGUGCAGAGCUGUUGCGUGUGGUUCUAAGUGAUUUUUGAGAAGAAUAAAUGAUCGUUUAUAACUUCGUUGUAGUCAUUAUCUGAAUUUUGCAUUCUGUAUCGUUACUCUAUUUUAUUUUCAUAUACCUUUCUUAUUAUAUAAAGGUUUGUUCCAAUGAUGAAAAAAAAGUAAAAGCGACGUGAAAACCUGUUACAAAGACUAUGUUUAAUGUAUUUCGUAUCAAG